AUGGUGUGGCUAGAAGACGGGUUCAAGUGGAUCCCGUGGCCUGCGGCUUUUCUGGCAAUCGCUGGAGUGGCGUGGGUAGUAGCCGGAUGGCGCCUUGCCUGUUUUGCGAUAGCAAGCCUGGUAUUUAUCGGGAUUAUGAACCGUUGGGACAGCGCGGUUGAGACCAUUGCCAUCAUAGUUUUUUCGGUGGCAUUAUCGGUCAUGAUCGCUUUGCCAUUGGGCAUCAUGGGAGGCAGAUCCGAUCGGGUGGAUAGCCUGAUCCGCCCGAUAUUGGAUGGGAUGCAAACAAUGCCGAGCUACGUGUACCUAGUUCCCGGAAUAUUGUUCUUUGAAUUGGGAUACACCCCCGCGGUUAUCGCCACGGUAAUAUACGCCGUGCCGCCGGCCAUCAGGCUGACCAAUUUGGGAAUACGUCAGGUAUCGCCGGAAACCGUGGAGGCAGCUCGAUCUUUCGGAGCCUCGCCCUUACAAUUGCUCGCCAAGGUGCAGAUGCCGCUGGCUCUGCCUACAAUCAUGGCUGGCAUCAACCAGACGACGAUGCUGGCAUUGUCAAUGGUAGUAAUCGCCUCGUUGGUUGGAGCCAGUGGACUGGGUGAGGAUGUGUUUCGAGCGCUGCAACGUCAAGACCCGGGAAAUAGCGUGAUCGCCGGGAUGUCAAUCGUAUUGAUCGCCAUUGUUAUCGACCGGCUCACUCAAUCAGUAGCUCGCAGCCGGCAGGAAGCAUUGAACGCUGGGCGUUAA